AUGGACGCUCCUCUUACUAUUACGCCAACUGGCGUUCCCAGUCCUCUUACCCUCGACAUUGUCCGCUGCUCCCGCUGUCAACAAUCUCUCAGUGUGGGGACUCAGUCUAGCGGUGCCGUGCAGUUCGGCAUGAACUCCUACUACUGUAAUCGAUGUGCCUCCAAGGUCGGCUUUGUCCGAUGA